GUCCAAGGCCCUCCGCACCUUCCUGGCGCGCAUCGUGCCCAUCACGCGUGCACAGAUGGGCAACCCCAUCCAGCAGCCAUGGGCCACAGUAUGGGAGGAGCCACCGACUGACCCAGCCCAUAUCAAAGACUACAAGAGCCGCAUCUACAAGAAAAUGGAUGCGCUCGGGCAGCUCGCGCUGGUCGCCAGGGAUGCGGGCAAAGGCAUCGACUCACUAGUUGCGGAGAUAUCCUGCAUGAAGCUCAUGGCCCAGAGUACGGACAAAGCCAGCGUCCAACUCGGCAAGCUCAAGACGAUGCGCGACGCGGCCUGCGACAAGCUAAAGGCCGUCCACGAGCAGAGGCACCGCCUGGCCACGGAGGAGCAGGUCAUUCAGCACGAGCUUGAGAUGAUCAACAACUCCAUCCAGGAGGUCAAGGAGCUCGAGAUCUACGAGCGCGAAGCCGAGGACGACGGGGGCGACGACAUGGAGUGGAUGGGCGCUGGCCUGCCAGAGGGCGCCUGGCCCGAGCAGGGCCAGCAGCAGGCCGCGGCUUUUGGCGCCCCGCCCAUGGGCCAAUCGCGCAUGCAGCCGGGAAAGUCCGACCCCAUGAUCCGCCCCGUCCCGCCUCCGCCGCCACCGCAGCAGAUCAACCAGCCCGACCCCUUCCAGAUGCAGGUAUUGGCCAUGAUGCAUGCGUUUCAGUCACAGAUGAUAAACAUGGCCCAGAAGCAGGAUGCCAACAUCGCCCAGCUCGGCAAGGCCAUCACCGAGAUCCAGGCCUGCCUUGCUCCAUGGUGCGCCUACGCCAGCCACGCCAGCGGUUUCGCCUACACCAGUAGCAGCUACGCCGCCGCCAGCGCCAAUGCCAGCGAGAUGAAGCAGGAGCCCAAGGAGGAGGAGCUCAAGGAGGCCAAGCGCGAGGACAUGUCCCAGGACACCCAGAUGACGGCCUCGCAGAUAGCCGAGGCAGUGCGCAACAUCGAGUCCGCACGCGGCGUUCCCGUGGGUCCGCCAGACCCCGAUGCCGACGUGCCCAGCCCCCCGCGCAAGAUGCCGAAGGGGGGCAAGGGCGAGGGCGGGCCUUUUUAG